GGUCCCAGAACACAGAUGCCCAUUGAGGCGCCUGCUGGCCCGGGCAGCGCGCUACUGGCAGCGACUCGAACAGAGCGGUGUCGGCUACACCCCGACUCUAACGCACCGACUUUCCCCUCCUCUGGGAUGGCCACCCGUGGCGGGUCGUUUCGGCUGCGCUGGGUCCUCGUCCUCACCAUCUCAGCUGCCGCGGCCACCAUUCUGGCUUUAGAGGUGACGGAGGGAGGCUACGUCAGUCUGUCCUGCCGUUACUCCGUCAAACGCUACGGUCUGAGCCGCGUGUGCUGGGGCCGCGGCUGCGGCACGCUCUGGUGCAGCGACAUCCUCGCACAGACCGACGGGACCGGCGUCAUUUCCAAGGUCUCGGACAAGUACCGCGUCACGGGCGACGUCCUGUCAGGGCAGGUGGACCUCAUCAUUCCCAGGGUGAACCGGAUGGACAGCGGCCCGUACUGCUGCAGAGUGGACAUCGAUGGCUACUUCAACGACAAGAAGGUUGUCUACACGCUGAGGGUCGUGAAAGCUCCUGCAGUGACAACCAUGCCAACACCCACAGCCCCACCCACUCCAGAACCACACAUACCUACGGACCCAGUGUGGGAGGAGGAGUCAUCGCAUCUGGAUGUCUCAAAACGCAACUCCAGCCUCAAGUCUGGAAGCGUUGAGGAGAAGCCCAUCCCCAGCCUGUCCCUCCAGGUCAACAUCCCCGUGCUCUCUCUGUCUCUCAGCCUGCUGCUGGUGCUGCUGCUGGGCUCUCUGGCACUGCUGGGGUUCAAACGUAGGGAAGAUCCACCGAAGGUUCCUGAAGAGGGGAAGCCUGUCGACACUGGAGCCCCGUCACAUCAUCUAUGAGAUCCAGACCAGGAGGCCCGUGGAGGAGAACAUCUACACCCUGGACUAGGACAUCAUGGACACACACCCUGCCCCAAGCAACAGACAUACAUGGGGCUGACCACACCCGACCACGUGACCACCUCACCUUCUCUAACUGCAGAGGUGUGCUCUUCUCGCGCGUGAAUUUCCGGAGACAACU